UUCUUCAGAUGGCCCACUGGACGAAUAUCUAAUGAAUGACCGUUUUUUUUAUAUUCACUUUUUAAGAAAUCCACUAGUUAUGGAUAUCUUAUAUUUUUUAUGGAUAUUACCUACUGUAAUGGGUGUCGAAGAGAUUUUAAUGGACUCAACAACAGCCACAGCAGAGUUGGGCUGGACUAUAUACCCGUCGUUAGGGUGGGAGGAGGUGAGCGGCUACGACGAGAACCUGAACACGAUCCGCACCUACCAGGUGUGCAACGUCUUCGACACCCACCAGAACAACUGGGUGCGUACCAAGUUCAUCCUGAGGGGGGGAGCCCAGCGCAUCCACGUGGAGAUCAAGUUCUCUGUGCGCGACUGCAGCAGCAUCCCCAACGUCCCCGGCUCCUGCAAGGAGACGUUCAACCUCUACUACUACGAGGCCGACUCGGACAUCGCCACUAAGGUGUCACCGGCCUGGAUGGAAAACCCCUGGAUCAAGGUGGACACCAUCGCCGCCGACGAGAGCUUCUCGCAGGUGGACCUGGGCGGCCGUGUCAUGAAGAUCAACACGGAGGUGCGCAGCUUUGGCCCCGUCUCGCGCAAGGGCUACUAUCUGGCCUUCCAGGACUAUGGCGCCUGCAUGUCCAUCAUUGCCGUGCGCGUCUUCUACCGCAAGUGCCCGCGCGUGGUUCGCAACGGCGCCGUGUUCCAGGAGACGCUGUCCGGCGCUGAGAGCACCUCGCUGGUGGCGGCCAGGGGCACGUGCAUACCUAACGGAGAGGAAGUGGAUGUGCCCAUCAAGCUCUACUGCAACGGCGACGGCGAGUGGAUGGUGCCUAUUGGCCGCUGCAUGUGCAAGUCGGGCCACGAGUCGGUGGGGAAUGGCACGGUCUGCAAAGCCUGUCCCUUUGGCUCCUUUAAAGCGGCCCAAGGGGACCACUUGUGUCUGAAGUGCCCCAUCAACAGCCGUACCACCACCGAGGGGGCGACCAACUGCGUCUGCCUAAACGGCUACUACCGCACGGACACCGACCCAGUGCAGAUGCCCUGCACCACAAUCCCCUCUGCACCCCAGAACGUGAUCUCUAGUGUCAAUGAGACGUCCCUGCAGCUGGAGUGGGGGUCGCCGCGGGAGACGGGCGGCCGAGACGACGUCGUGUACAACAUCAUUUGCAAGAGUUGCGGCGCCGGGCGCGGGGCCUGCACGCGCUGCGGCGACAACGUCCAGUUCACGCCGCGGCAGCUGGGCCUCACCGAGCCGCGCGUGCACAUCAGCGACCUGCUCGCGCACACGCAGUACACCUUCGAGAUCCAGGCGGUCAACGGCGUGUCCGACCAGAGCGUCUACUCACCACACUUCUCCUCCGUCAACAUCACCACCAAUCAAGCUGCCCCAUCAGCUGUGUCCAUUAUUCAUCAAGUCAGCAGGUCUGUGGACAGCAUAACACUGUCCUGGUCUCAACCUGACCAACCCAACGGGGUUAUCCUCGACUACGAGCUCCAGUACUACGAGAAGAACCUGGCCGAGGUGAACUCCUCCACCAUGAGGAGUCAGACGAACACGGCAGUCAUCCGCGGCCUGAAGUCCGCCACCAUCUACGUGUUUCAGGUGCGGGCCAGGACCGUGGCCGGCUUCGGACGCUUCAGUGGAAAAAUGUACUUCCAGACCAUGACCGAAGAGGAGUACAACACUAGUCUGCAAGAGAAGUUGCCUCUCAUCAUCGGGUCGGCGGCCGCAGGCGUCGUUUUUCUCAUAGCCAUCGUUGUUGUCAUCAUUGUGUGCAAUAGGAGGAGCAGUGACAGGACUGAGUCGGAGUACACAGACAAACUACAGCACUACACCAGUGGCCACAUGUCUCCAGGAAUGAAGAUCUACAUCGACCCGUUUACUUACGAAGACCCCAAUGAGGCAGUGCGCGAGUUUGCCAAAGAGAUCGAGAUGUCCUGUGUGAAGAUUGAGGAGGUCAUUGGUGCAGGUGAGUUUGGAGAGGUGUGCAGCGGGAACCUGAAGCUCCCGGGGAAGAGGGAGAUCCUGGUGGCCAUCAAGACGCUCAAGUCGGGCUACACGGACAAGCAGAGGCGGGACUUCCUGUCGGAGGCGAGCAUCAUGGGCCAGUUUGACCACCCCAACAUCAUCCACCUGGAGGGGGUGGUCACCAAGAGCAACCCUGUGAUGAUCAUCACCGAGUUCAUGGAGAACGGCUCCUUAGACUCCUUCCUCAGGCAAAACGAUGGGCAAUUCACCGUGAUCCAGCUCGUGGGCAUGAUGCGUGGCAUUGCGGCGGGCAUGAAGUACCUGUGCGACAUGAACUACGUGCACCGGGACCUGGCCGCCCGCAACAUCCUGGUCAACAGCAACCUGGUGUGCAAGGUGUCCGACUUCGGACUCUCGCGGUUCCUGGAGGACGACACGUCUGACCCGACCUACACGAGUGCGCUGGGAGGGAAAAUCCCCAUCAGAUGGACAGCCCCCGAGGCCAUCCAGUACAGGAAGUUCACCUCCUCCAGUGAUGUGUGGAGCUACGGCAUCGUCAUGUGGGAAGUGAUGUCAUAUGGAGAGAGGCCUUACUGGGACAUGAGCAAUCAAGAUGUCAUCAAUGCCAUUGAGCAAGACUACAGGUUACCGCCCCCUAUGGACUGUCCCACGGCAUUGCACCAGCUCAUGCUGGACUGCUGGCAGAAGGACCGCAACAACCGGCCCAAGUUCAGCCAGAUCGUCAACACCUUGGACAAGAUGAUUCGUAACCCCAACAGCCUGAAAGCCAUGACUCCACUCUCGUCAGGUGCCCAUCUACCUCUGCUGGACCGCUCCAUGCCAGACUUCUCCAGCUUCAGCACCGUGGAUGAGUGGCUGGACGCCAUCAAGAUGGGCCAGUACAAAGAGAGCUUUGUCAACGCGGACUAUAUCACCUUCGAGGCCGUCUCCCAAAUGACCAUGGAUGACAUCACAAGAAUCGGUGUGACGCUGGCUGGUCACCAGAAGAAGAUCUUCAACAGUGUCCAGAUGAUGCGAGCACAGAUGAACCAGAUCCAGUCAGUGGAAGUCUAAUGCACACACAGACAGACACACACUCACACUCUCUCUCUCUCUCUCUCUCU